AUGCAAAUGAUGAAACUAAAGGAAAACCGUAGCAGCUUUGUUUCCACUUUCCCCACAUUGCUCAUUCUCUUUUACCCCUCCUUCAUCAUUGUGGCUACUUUCAUUGUACUCAGGUCUAAUCACACAGCACAUGGUGCGCUUUCACUGUGGCCUCAGAUGGCAACCCCAAACCUCACAAUGGAUAAGAGGUUGGUCAAUAGCAUAAAGGUGGCUGGUGCUGCAAGUCUUAAGGGGUACCCUAACACAUUUAACCCAAAUGAGGACCAUCCCCACCACAAAAACCUCUACUUCAACCGCACCCACACCCGCCACCUCAUCAUUAACGACUCCUCCGCACCCCACGUGGCACUCUCCCGUUCCCUACUUGUUUGGAGGCCUCGCCGCCAUGCUUGGUCUCAUAGCGUUCGCGCUCUUGAUCUUGGCUUGCUCCUACUGGAAAAUUUCUGGCCAGUUACAGAACGAAGAAAACGGUGA